AUGCUCAAUUCAACUCCACCAACCUGCACAAUCAUUUAUUCUGAUAAAGGUGUAACAGAUCGAGCUUGUCAAACAUCUUCAACCAGUUAUCAGAACAAAACCAAAGCCAAAAAUAGUACACAGGAACGUGUGCCAUGCUCGACCAAGUUCUGCACCAACAUUAUUCGACCACAUAAUUCACCUAGCCAUCCAAAGACUAGGCUGAAAAUAUGCCAAGCAUGUCUUUAUUUCUACAGAAAAAAUGGGUGUGACAGAGUUUUAGACCAAUUUCCGGAUAGGUGUUCAAACUGCAAGAGAGCCUGCACUGAAAGAACUCGCAAGUUAUCACAUCCAAAAACUGGUAGAUUUGUAUGCAGGUCCUGUUGUGAAUAUUACCGUCGAUAUGGUCAAGAUCGAACAAAGUUCAUACCGACUAGGAACAAUCCUAUGGAGAUAAACAUAUCUCAAGAAUUUUCUCCAGACCCUAUGAGUACCUUCCUCGCAGAUGUCUCCAAAAUAUUUCCGACGAUAGACUCAAUUGAAGACGCUUUUGAUCAUUCAGAUUUCACUGAUCACAGCUCCAACUCUCCUGAUGGCAAUGAUGUAUCGAAUUCUUUUACAAAUCCAAGUUUUCCUGAGAUUGAAAAAACAUGUUCUGUUCCAUUCUGCACUGCUGAUCUAUCUCGAUACCGCAGAUUUUUUCAUCCGCAAACCCAGCUAAAAACAUGUCCAAAUUGCUACGAUUCUCAACGAUAUGCAAUCAAAAAGGCACAACCAAAAACAGUUUCCUUUCAAAAUUUCGAACCAGACACCAAUCCAUCUGAUUUAAUCGAUGAGCCGUCGAAAAAUCAUGAAAAAAUCGAAUCAGGAUCUCAAGAAAAGAGGAAUAGUGAAAUAUGCUCUGUUCCAUUCUGCACAGCUGAUCUAUCUCGAUACCAAUGCAACUUUUAUCAUACGAAAACGAUGCUAAAAGUUUGUCGCCCAUGCUCCCAGUUUUACUUUAAACACAAACGUGAUCGUACUGAAGCACAACUUUCUGAUAAGUGCAGUGAGUGCAAAAUAAAAACGAAAAGGCAGUAUUGUUUGAGAACGCAGCUGCCAUUGUGUAGUACUUGCUAUCAUUCUCAACGACGUGCAAUCAAAAAGUCACAACCGUAUAUAGUUUGUGCACCAGGCACCAAUUCACCUGUUUUAAUUGACGAGCCAUCGAAAAAUCAUGAAAAAAUCGGAUCGGGAUCUCCCAACCAACGACCUCAUGGCAACCUUCCAACCCACCCCUCAGAAAUCCGUCUAGAAUUCUCAAGUCUGUCAGAAGCGAUAAAGUACACAUGGGAUACUUAUUGCAAACCACAUUUGAAACAUCAGCAGUGCUGA